AAAAACAAUUUAAAAAAAAACUUUCGAAGUGUUUUUGACUGAAUUUUAUUAUUGAUCGUAUUUUAGUAUUCUUAUUUUUUACAAUGGAAGACAUUUUAAAAGCACUAAUUUGCGCGUCAGAAAGAGCGGCUAGCGUAGCUAAAUCGUGUUGCAUUGGAGCAGCUAAGGAUUCUUUAUUAGUUGCAGAAAAGGGCGAGGGUGAAGCCAACGCCCGUUUCGAUAAAGAUUUUAAAACUAUAGCAGAUGUUUUAGCACAAGAGUCUGCUAGAUAUGAAAUAGCUUUACGCUGCCCCGACCUGGCCAAACAACUGAGAGGGGAAGAGUGUGCCGAGAUAGGAGGCGUUACCAUCAAGCUAUGUGAAAGUGAAGAGAAAACCGCUGAACUGUUAAGUUCUCUUGUUCCGUUGCAGGCAGCAAAAAGAAUGGCUGAAGCUGCCCACGGAGAGAUAAAAGUUACCCUCAAUAAUCCACCAGUUCAUGUAGCUGAUAUAAAUCCUUGUGAUUUGGGGGUUUGGAUUGAUCCAAUUGAUGCAACUGCAGAGUUCAUUGCCGGAGUCCGAGGGGAAGCCGACGCAGACCGUGGUCUUCCCUGUGUCACAGUUUUGAUUGGAGCUUACCUGAGGUCUACUGGAGAGCCGAUAGUUGGUGUUAUCAAUCAGCCAUUCUACAGUGGUGGCAAAGGCAGAAUUAUCUGGGGAGUGAGCUAUGGCAAAACAAGGAAAUGGAGUGAAGGUGAUACCUCCAAACAUUCCAUUGAUAAGACUGUACUUAUUAGUGGUGCAGAGAACCCUGCAAUUGUCAAGAAAUUUAAAGCUUGCGGAUGGGAAGUUAAGUCUGUCCCUGGAGCUGGUCACAAACUCCUCAAAGUUGCCAUAGGUGAGGCAGCAGCUUACAUUGUUUCAAAAGGAUCUACAUUCCGGUGGGACACCUGUGCCCCUCACGCUAUACUCAGAGCUCAAGGAGGAGACCUACUCUGCUACACCACACACAAACCAGUCACUUACAAUGAUCCAAUGGAAUGUGACACCCAGCAAUAUGCCAACUCAGGAGGCAUAAUUGCAUACACCAACACUAAAGUGUUGGAGGACCUUAAGAAAAUAUUAAAUUAAUUUUCUGUUGUCAAUAAUUGAAGAUUGGAACUACACCAGUCUGCCCUUGUCCAGUAGGUACCUGAUAAUGUGAUUAAAUAAGAUCUCUACCUAGUCCUAUGAAUGGGUCAUAUUAUGAAGUAUAGCCAUAUAUUUUAUAAAUAUAUUGUUUUGUUUCUAUUGUGGUUUUUAUAAUCCUUUAUUACACCUUAUUUAUAAUGUACUAUUGUUGUAAUGAAAUUAGAAAAAUAAUUCUGUUUAUGAGUAUGUAAUGUACAUGUUAUUAUAAUUAUUAUGCAUUUC